CAUGGUUGGGCCUGACGACACUGCGGAAUAUGUACACUUGACAAUUGCUUUAGUAUUGUGAAUAUAUUGCAAUGUUUUUCAUUAUUUGACCUUGAUUAAGUUCAAACUGGUCGGCGGCGGUUGAACCUGGACUCUGGUUUGCGGGUUUUAAAGUGCGGCAGACGAUGUUAGCGUUAUUGUUGCUGGGUGUCUUUGUUUGUAUCGGCUUCUCACAUGGCAAUUAUCAGCUAUAUGGGCGCACCCACAGACUUGUGCUGCCCAUACCAACUCGCUCCAUCGAGUUUACCCCGAUGGACGGCUCAGGUGUGACGGUCGUGUGGAAAUGGGGUGACUCCCUAUUCAGUAAAGACAAGAGGCGUGAAAUGGGUGGUAUCUUCUAUGAAAUACAUAAUGUAACUCAGAGAGACAGUGGUCGCUACGUCAUGAGAGACAGAGACCUAAACGAACUUUCCACCCAAACCCUUGAGGUAAAAGCAAACACAAGGACCUAUGAACGCACACCAGGUGAACGCCUCAGGAUCACUUUUGACCUGGAACCGAGAUCCUGCAACAUAUACUUCUUCCCAAAAAGUGACCAUCAAGAGUCAACUAUUGACAUUGUCCGCGAAGGCCAGUUGCAGAGGGGUUUGGAUGAAUAUAAUUGCAGAGGGUUUGAUCUGUUAAAGCCAUGUGGGAUUUCAAACGAGGACCUCCAAAUGUCAUGCAGCGGACGCUUUGAGGUCAGAGAUGGGAAUAGCGACACGGCCUUAGAGGUGUCACUGGAAAUGAGGUCUACCAUAAGGACCUAUGAACGAAAAUCUGGUGAAAGCAUCAACUUAACUUUUGAUUUGGAGGAGAAGGCCUGCAACAUUUACUUCGUCCCAGAAAGCGACAGUGAACCAAGAGAGUCAGAGGUCGUUGUGAUCGUUCGUUCUGGCAGGAUGCAGUGGUUGCUUAAUGAUUUCAUUUGUAAAGGGUUUAAGCCGUUAAAGCCAUGUGGGAUCUCAAACGAGGACCUCCAAACGUCAUGCAAUGGACGCUUUGUUGUCAGAGAUCUCAAUGGCGACAAAGCCUUUGAGGUGGCACUAGAAAUGGAGUCACCAGCUUUUGAGCCAUCUAAACUUAGUAUUGGCAUUGGUAUCUUCCUCGCCACACUUUUCUGCUGCUGCGUGAAGCGCUGCUGCUGUGGUGGGAGCUCCGACAAAGAGGACGGAGCUGCCACCAUAGAGACUGCUGCUGUUGAAUCUGAUGGGCAUGACCAACAGAAUGACAGGGGGCCUUUUAGAGCGAGGCCAGACCUACUCAACAAGCACUUGGGGACACCAUCUCCCGUCCUCUCAAGUUGUCAGGCGACUCGCCCUCUGAUACACAACGAUCCUACUUUGGAUAUGCCGCCAGCUUACUCUGCGAUACCCAUGGAUCCUACUUUGGAUGUGCCGCCAGCUUACUCUGCGAUCUCAACUCCAAGAGCUCCAAGAUCUCCGGUGGCUCUGGCGGCCCCGGAAGCCCCGGUGGCUCCGAUAGCUCCGGAGGCUCCGAUGGCUCCGAUGGCUCCGGUGGCUCCGAUAGCUCCGGAGGCUCCGAUGGCUCCGAUGGCUCCGGAGGCUCCGGUGGCUCUGAUGGCUCCGGUGGCUCCAGCUUCUUUCUCAACUGUCCUGGUCCCCUCUGACCCUGCGCCACAGUUUGAAGCGAUGGGGAUGACCUUCCCCUCUGCUCUCAGUUCAGACUCACCUUACAGUGGUGUUUAUAGCUCAGACAAACUAAACUUCUGAAAGCCUUUAUGUUAAAGAUACACUAAAAUGCAUUUCUUGUAAAUGCAUUCAUUUGUGUGACUUGAAAGGGAUUAGCU